UUACAAUUUAAAAAUGUAUGCACUUGUUUGAAGCAGAGGAUUUUCUAAAAGGGCAGAGGUUAAAAAAAAGGUUGAUGGGUCAUAAAAGGAUAAAAGGCAACUCCCCAGACUAAAAAAAAAAAAAAAGAAAUCUCACACCUGGCACCUGUUUGUUCAUUCCAACACUGUUGCACUUUAAAGCACCCUCCUGACAUCUAUAAAUAUAAGACCAUCCAACACAAACCCAGCAGGAAUUUCGUCCAAAGACACAGAGAAGGAUGGACGCGCAGCGCUCUCUCCUGACUGGCGUGCAGUAUUUUGACAUGUGGCACGACUACAUGAACCUGUCCAGGCUGCUGGAGAAGCUGUGCGGCAGGAGAGAGGUGAACACCAGCGGGGACACCGAGAGGCCGAAGAAGGAGCCUGCAGCACUGUGGAUCCAGAGCGCACCGCAGGGCCGGGAGGGCAAGAGCUCCGCGGAGACCAGCUCCUCCAGCAGCCUGUCGGACUCCAGCUUCAGCUGUGGGGCCUCCGCAGCGGAGUGCCGCUUCUGCCGGCAGAACGGGGAGUCUGCACGGGUGUACCGGUCACACAGGCUCAGAUCGGACGACGGGAGAGUCACCUGUCCCAUCCUGAGGAAUUACACCUGCCCCAUCUGCGAGGCCACCGGGGACCAGGCGCACACACGGCGCUACUGUCCGCAGGCGCAGGACCAGGAGAUGGCCGGAUGGAUGCUGCCGGUGGCCAAGUUCUGGUAACUCACGAUGAUGGCCAGCUGACAAAGACUGUACAUAAUUAGA